GGGAGGCCACUCUCGAAGCGGGCGUUGAGCUGUGCACAUCUCCCCACCACAGGCACCUUCUCCACAUAGCCAGCUCCGGUCUCAUUUCUUCCACUUGGCUGAGCCAUCCAGAGCCUUUUCAAUGUAUAAAAUGGAAUAUUCUUACCUCAAUUCCUCCGCCUACGAGUCCUGUAUGGCCGGGAUGGACACCUCGAGCCUGGCUUCAGCGUAUGCUGACUUCAGUUCCUGCAGCCAAGCCAGUGGCUUCCAGUAUAACCCCAUAAGGACCACUUUCGGGGCCACCUCAGGCUGCCCGUCCCUCACUCCAGGAUCCUGCAGCCUCGGCUCGCUCAGGGACCACCAGAGCAGCCCCUACGCAGCAGUUCCUUACAAACUCUUCACCGACCACGGCGGUUUGAACGAGAAGCGGAAACAGCGGCGGAUCCGCACCACGUUCACCAGCGCGCAGCUCAAGGAACUGGAGCGGGUGUUCGCGGAGACGCACUACCCCGACAUUUACACCCGGGAGGAGCUGGCGCUCAAGAUCGACCUCACCGAGGCCCGAGUGCAGGUGUGGUUCCAGAACCGCCGCGCCAAGUUCCGCAAGCAGGAGCGGGCGGCGGCGGCGGCGGCGGCGGCCGCCAAGAACGGAGCGGCCGGCAAGAAGUCGGACGCCUCCCGCGACGACGAGAGCAAGGAGGCCAAGAGCACCGACCCCGACAGCACCGGCGGCCCCGGGCCCAACCCCAACCCCGCGCCCAGCUGCGGCGGCGGCGGCGGGCCCAGCCCCGCGGGCGGGCAGGGGGCGGCGGGGCCCGGCGGCCCGGGGGGAGAGCCGGGCAAAGGGGCGGCGGGGCCCGGCGGGCUGGCGGCGGCGGGGCCGGGGCAGGGCUGGGCCCCGGGGCCCGGGCCCAUCACCUCCAUCCCCGACUCGUUAGGCGGCCCCUUCGCCAGCGUGCUCUCCUCGCUGCAGCGGCCCGGCGGCACCAAAGGCAGCCUCGUCAAGAGCGGCAUGUUCUGAGCGGCGGCGGCGGCGGCCCCUCCCGCUCCGCGGUCCCCGCCGCCCCGCCG